UUUUUCUCUCUCUUUAGAAAAAUACCCUCUUUCUCUCUCCAAAAAACCAUAUCAUUGAGUCAUCACACUUGCCCUUUUCUUCUUUUAUGUAUGUCUAUGUCUGCUAUAAGUUUUAUAACUAUAUAUUAGUACUAUGUCUGUACUAAAUGUAUUUAUCCUUUUCCUUGUUCCUAUCUUCAGCAGAGGUCACAAAGGAAGAUGUAAGAAGAAAACACACCCGCCCACCAAAAAUCAACUCAAAAAUCAACUCUUUUUUCUUCUCUGUAAUGGCCCAGCUGGACCAAAAUUUAUAUAACCAAAGAGGAGAAGUAUUCAUAUGUCCUGUUAACUAAAAACCCACCUCAUAUACACACCAUUUAACCAUAAAGACACAAUCUUUCCAUAAAUACCCUUCUGCAACACCCCUAAAAAGAUCCAAUCUUUCAUCACUUCACACACACUAAAAACAAAAACAGCAAUGUAUUACUACUAUAUUUUUCUUCUCCAUUUAUGUGGGCUUUUUGGGGUUUGUCUUUCUUUGUCAAGACCACCUCUCUCUUUUCCUUUCUUUCCUUAUUACUACUCCUUUUAUUUGUUGUAUUAUUAUUGUUUCCUCUCUUUUCUCUCUCUUCUGCCGCCGCCCGGCUUGCCUCUUCUUCAUAUUUUCCAAGAUCUGAUCUUUUUGUGAUCUGAUGUCUAAGAAAAUGAAAAGGGUGUCUUUAGAAUCAUCAUCUUAUGGUGUUUUUGAAGACACAAAGGCUAGGUUGAAGCAUCAGACACUAUUUCAGGACUAUCAAGAGCUCCACAAGGAAACUGAUGGCAUGAGGCACAAAUUGGAGGAUUCAAAACUGAGGAAACUAAGAUUACUAGCUGAAAUUCGUUUCUUACGCCAGAGGCGCGUGUAUCUAUUGCAGUUGAAGUCCUUAAGUCGUCCACAAGGGCAACAGCUAGUACCAAUGCCAAAUCCAGAAAUUUACGGCAAAAACAGGUUGAAGGAUAAAGUCUACAGCAAAAAGGAGGCCAAGCUAAACAAACUGACCCCACUUCCUGGCCCGAAACAGAACGGAAGGAUACAGGUCGCUUCCAAGAAGACACCUGAUAUUCACGUGAGGCAAAAGCACAAAUUAGGCGAUGGAAAAGAUGAUGUUUUGCAUAAUGCAGUUUUAGGUUUGAACCCUAAAGCAAGAGUAUAUAGUGGAAAGGAUGUUCCACCCCGAAAAGGAGCUUUAGCUGUUGAUUUGAAGCAGAACGAGAGAUUAUACAUAGCGAACUGUGCUGUCUUAUGGAGGAGCAGCACACCUGCUUUUGAUUUAAAUCAGGAAACUGAUCAUAGUGGCAAAGAAGCUGCAUUGCCUACUCGUGCUCCAGUCUUCGAUUUGAAUGAAAUCUCGACUUUCUAAUUUUACAGAUGGGGGAAGAGGAAACACAAGAAAAUUUUGAGCAGGUGCAGUUUGAGGAGUCAAGGAGAAUUAUCCGAAACCCCAAUGAUGAUCAGCACAAUGAUUUGAAGUUAUUGAUUUGCAGAAAUGUUGGAGAAGGCACUUCUCAGGUGGGAAAGCGAAAAUUAUCAUGGCAAGACCCUGUUGCUUUGCGGGUUUGACCUGUCUUUAACUAUUCAGUUAAACAUGGUAAGAAAAGUUUGAUCGAGCGCUGAGCAUUGUUGAACUUGAACUAGCAUUACUAGGUCAAUUGUUCGGUUGACAUGUAGGCUUAUGCUUUUCCUUUUUUUGUGUAAAGGAAGUUCUUAUACAUGUAAUACGUGCACACACUAUAUGUUGAUUGCGAGCAACGAGAUAUAGUCAGUAUAAUUCGUUCUCUACAUAAAAUAUCAUAUGUUCUUCAGCAGUUUUCUGUACAAGCAAGGGAUUUGGUUUUCUCUGUUUGUUGGAUUCCAUAUUGAUGACAUGGGAACUCAAACUUAGGUGUA